AUUAUUCAAUAUACAACUGUUCAGAUCAUUACUUGUACUAAACUAUACUAUUAGUGAUUUCCUUCAUUUAGUGUGAACCACAGUCUGACAAUGGAACCUAUUAAUGGAUAUCCUAAUACUAUAUUAUCUGAGAAUGAUACUGAUAAAUCAUUAGAAGCAUUAAAAAAGUUCAAUGCAAAGAAUAGUGGCGCUUUCAUUUUUGGCAAAAAUGACAUGCAAGAAAGAAAACUAUUUGUCUCACAUUUAUUGGAUAUUUUAAAGUCUUCUCUGGAUGGUGGAAGCACCUCAGAAUCUGAAUAUGUGUUGGAAAGCCUUUCUGCUCUAGUCGUAAUGUCUAGAGAUCAUAUGUCAAUGAAUGGAAGAUUUUUGAAUCGAGAAACAUGGAAGAUAUUGACAGUGAUUGCUGGAUUACUGGAUAAAAAUGGGAAGGCAAUGACGGUCAUCGAAACGUCUAAGAUACUGUUUACACUUGCUAGUAAAUGUCUAUGCAAUAUCAUGUUCAUUUCAAAAGAUUCGCAAGGUUAUUGUUGCGACGAUGAACUUAUAAAAGGCAUUUUGCAACGUUUGAAAUCUCUGGAUCCCAAAGAUGAAUCAAAUGAUACUGAAGUUGAAUUUUUAACACUUCGAUUGCUGUUUCUCGUUUCUGUGCUCAAUGUGCAAGCAAGAACAAAGAUUAUUGAAAACCACGAGGGUAGCCGAGUCUUGUUGGAUUAUUUGAAUUCGAAAUUGACAUCAUCAAAAAGAGUUGUUAAACCUACGCCAUGUAUCAGAGCUAGUAUUUCUCCUGCACAUGCAAAAUCCUGUUGUGAAAUAUUAAGAACACUGUUCAAUUUGAAUCUGAAAUAUCGGCAUGAAGAAAGUCAAGUAAAGGAAGAAAGAAUUACUAUUGAAUUUGAUGAUUUGACAUCAAUUUGUCGUAAAUGUUAUUUGGUUCAAGCAGGUGAUGACAAAGUUUUGACGGAGAAAUUACAUGGUGACGCAGGAAAUUGUUUAUACACUGUGCCCAGAUCUUGUUUACUUGAUGAUACGAUAAUUCCUUUAAUUGACAAGUAUGACCCUGAUGAUGUGUUUUCAUACAAUGGCGAAGACAUCCCGCAAUGGGAGGAAAGAGAUCUCAGUGCUGUUUUGAAUAUUUUAAAGAACCACAUCAGCCGUACAUCAAGAUAUGUCCAGAAAAUAUUGAAGAAUUACGUUAUCCCACCACGUAAGGAUUUUGAGCAUCGUCCUGAAGUUGCCAGAAUUCGUAAUAAAUUGAUAAAGCUUUUCACACAUGCUAACACAGAAGUAAAAGCGGCUGCUGCUGAUUUUGUGUUUGUCUUGUGCAGAGAGAAGGUGGAGAGACUUGUUAAAUACACUGGUUAUGGAAAUGCUGCGGGAUUGCUUGCAAGCAGGGGGUUACUCGCAGGAGGCCAGGGAGAUACAGUUUAUUCUGAUUGUGAUUCUGACUCUGACACAGAAGAAUAUUUAGAAAAUGCAGAGAAAAUUAACCCCAUUACUGGUCACAUUCCACCUAAUAUUCCCAAUCCGAUGGAAGGUAUGUCAGAAGAACAGAAAGAAUAUCUUGCUGUUCAAUUAGCAAAUCAGAUUUCGAAAUUGUCAAGUGAUGAUAUUAUCAAACCUGUAUGUAUCGAUCCAGAUACUGGUAAUCUGGUUCCUUUUCAACAAAAAGUCCACAAUAUGCAAUUACCAGAAGAGAAAGAUUCUGAUGAAGACAUUGAUUGAAGAUUACAGAUUGACAUAAUAUAAGCUUUUUGCAGCAAAAUUUUCUGAACUCAUCUUCCUUUAAAUAACUAACAAAAUAUUGCGAUAGGAAUGGAAGUUCAUUAUUUGAGAAUAAUUUGUCUUAUUAUUAUAUCCUGGGUAAAACUUAUGUUGUGUGAAAUGCAAAACUAACCUCGAAUAAAAUUUUGGACACUAUCUUUUGAGGCUGAUAUGCCAACCAUUGGCACCUUGGAGGCAUUCCUGUAUCUUAGUCCAGCUUUAACUGUGAUAGUUUUGAAGCAAAUUGCUUUAUUUGUAAAAACAUAUUUCAAGUCUGUACAUUUUUUAAUGCAUAUAUGUAAUUGUGCCCAUCUGUUGCCCGUUUUCUCUUUUUUAAUUCUAUGUUUAAUGAAAUUUUAUGCUGCAUUCACCAAGUUAUUUGUUUUGAGGGAAUCAUGUCUGUUUUAGUAAUCGUUUCUUAUGAAUUUAGUUUUAUUAUUUGAAUAAAAAAAUUUUCUCUGUCAGUUGUUUCAAAAUAAUAUUCAUGUCAUUUCUUGCAAUAUAUUAAGUCAAUUAAUGCGUCACGUAUGCUACCAACUUUCCUAAAAAAAGGUUUUUUAAGCUAUAUGGAGUACUAGAAUUCUGUGUAGUGCAUCGAGUAUUUGCAUUUUGUUGCGAUAUUAGAUUAAGAACUAAAUUCUGACAUAUCUUACACAAUGUUAAUUUCUGUAUAUUAGCCAGCUUCUGCAAAAUACAAUCAUGAUAUGUAUAAGUUGGCAAGAUUUUUUGCUAUAUUUUGUAUCCAGUUAUAACCUAUUCUUUUGUAAGGUGUUGUUUGAUCACUCGUUUUUGCCUAGUAGAGAUUAUUGUCCAUGGGAGUCAUUAAGUUUUUUUUUUUUUUUUUAUGUUUAUGUGUUGUAUCAUUGUUUGAAGUUUCAAAUUACUCAUUUUACAAAUUGCUCAAUAGAAUAACAUGGACAAAGAUUACAGUCCAGCUCGCCAUCAGUUAAAAAAAUAACUUAUCGAAGGAUGAUAUUUCACUUUAUGUGGUUCACUUUAUGUGGCAGUCUUUUUGAAAUGGCUAUUUUGUGAUGUUAUGACUUAUUUUCAGUAUAUUCAAAGUAUUCAGAUGUUUUGCUGUUUUUCAUCAAUAUUUUCUACAUUUAUGUAUAUAUAGCUUCCACAUGUUCUUCAUGUAACGUAUCUUUUUUGUAUUUUUGUGAUAUUAUAG